GGUGGAGUCAUGUAAACGCACCCCGGUGUGUCUGUCAAACAUGGCCGCAGUGAGGAAAGCGCUGAUUGCUGCUGCUGUUGCAGCAUUUGCAGCGCUGUUUGGACGAACAUUCCUAAAGUUGAAGGACAUAAGUCUUGCUUCCAGGGAAAUUCCUGUGAAACGCCUCAACUGUCAAUACUUAAAAAACAUAGAUUAUGGCGCAGAGGAUAUCACUAUACUCAAAGACGGACUGGCCUUCUUAAGCACUGGCCUAAAGUAUCCUGGACUGCAUUCCUUCUCAGAUGAACCAGGGAAGAUGUAUGUUUUGGAUCUGCUGCACCCAAAAAUGACCCCAGUGGAGCUCCAGAUCAAAGGCCAGUUGGACCUGAGCUCCUUCAAUCCUCAUGGCAUUAGUGUGUAUGAAGAUGAAGCGGAUGACUCCAUAUAUGUGUUUGUUGUUAAUCACCCUGAGCACAAAAGCCAAGUGGAGAUCUUUCGCUUCGUUGAGGAAGACACACUUAUGCACCUAAAAACCAUUACUCACCCUUUACUGCACAGUGUGAACGACAUUGUUGCAGUCGGAGCAGAGCACUUCUAUGCCACCAACGAUCACUAUUUUCACCAUGAAGCUCUUCAGUUGCUGACCUUCAUGUUUGACUUGUCCUGGUGUGACGUGGUGUACUACAGCCCACACGAAGUGAGGGUGGUGGCUGGUGGCUUUAAAUCUGCAAAUGGAAUUAACAUAUCCCCCGACCGACAGUAUAUUUAUGUUUCAGAUAUCAUGGACCACGAGAUUGAUAUUUUCAGGAGAAAUGAGGGGGAACAGUUAGCAUAUGUCAAGUCUGUGGCUGUUGGAUCCCUUUGUGACAACAUUGAGGUCGACCGCAGGACGGGUGACAUAUGGCUGGGUUGUCAUCCCAAUGGUUUGAAACUUUUAAAGUUUGACCCUGAAGAUCCACCUGGCUCAGAGGUCAUACGGAUUAAGAACAUUCACUCAGAGCGUCCAGUCGUGUCCCUGGAGUAUGGAGAUGACGGCCGUCAGCUCAUCGCCUCCACUGUAGCUGUUCCUUAUGAAGGAAAGCUACUUAUAGGCUCAGUUUUCCAUAAAGCCCUACUCUGUAUUUUAUGAUGAUCUUUGUUUGCAUGUACCCCCAAGGAGAACUAAAAGAAGCAUUUUUGAGACCUUAGAUUUGCAUAACUAAUCAAUAAAAAAUGUCUUUGUUUGAUUUUCACAA